ACGGUAAUAAACACCGUCUAAUUACCAGCAGGAGGCGGCGGAUCAACUCCCCAAAGCGCGGCUCCGGAGAGCGUCGCGGUUGCCGCCUAGCCUGGCCUGGCCGAGAGAACAGCGGCAGGCCGCACAGCUGGGGGUCCAGCUCCGCUCCGCCCUCUGGUAAUUGCUCGCCGUUACCCUCGUCGGACAACCGUCGCCGUCCCCCCUCCCCCAGAGCCGAGCGGCCGCCGGGCCCGGGGAACAGACAGAGCCGCUCGAUCUAGCGGUGAUAGCCAGGCCAGGAGGGAGACCACGGUCUGAGGUACGCCGGGCGGCGGGCGGCGGAGGGCGCCCAGAAUCCGCGGCGACGGAGGCUCGAUUUGGCGACGAGCGGCCGCGGCAGAGGCCCCGAUUCGGCGGCCGGUUUACUUCCAGCAUUUUUCUUACUUUUUAUGGAUGGUUACGCACAUCAACCUUGAAGAGAAGACUAUUUAUGUUACAGAAACAUCAAUAAAGGGAUGAGGCUUGGAAGUAUUAAUGGUUUGCGGUUCAAGCAGCUUAAGCUUGUCAUUCUUGCAUUUUUUAUUUUGUUUCUUCUUUGGAAAUGGGAGAAAGGCACAUACUAUGAUUCUGGAAUCCUCCAACCAGAUCCAUUGGUUUUGACUAAUCCAGCUAACUCAAAGUUUGUAGAUCAGCAUACAUCUUCAGAAGAAGACUUUCCAAAUGUGGACCCAUUGCCUCAAUCAGUAGUUAAAGUAGAAAAGCAAGUUACUGGUGCACCACCACCAUUGACUAUGGUAGGCUAUUCUGUUGACGUUGCAGAUGAAAAGGAAUUGCUGCCUCCUGAGAAGAAAGAAUGUAACUACAGGAAUGGAAAGUGGGUUUCUGACAAUCAUAGACCACUAUACUCGGGGUUUGGCUGUAAACAGUGGCUUUCUGAGAGUUGGUCCUGCAGAUUAACCCAGCGCACAGAUUUUGCAUAUGAAAAAUUUAGGUGGCAGCCAGAAGCCUGUGAGAUGCCAGAGUUUGAGGCCUCUCAGUUCUUGAGGAGGAUGCAGGAUAAAACCAUUGCAUAUGUGGGUGAUUCUUUAGGGAGGCAGAUGUUUCAAUCAAUGAUGUGUAUGGUGACUGGGGGAAAGCAGAGGCCUGAUGUGGAAGAUGUUGGAGCAGAAUAUGGCUUUGUGUUAGCACAUGGUGCAAAAAGACCAGAUGGUUGGGCCUAUCGGUUCCCGAGCACCAAUACAACAAUUCUAUACCAUUGGUCGUCAACACUUUGUGAUUUGGAGCCUCUGAAUCCAUCAGAUCAUGCCACUAGUUAUGCCAUGCACCUUGACCGACCUCCUGCUUUUCUGAAGAACAACCUGCACAGGUUUCAUGUUCUGAUUCUUAACACUGGACACCACUGGAACCGAGGGAAGCUAAGGGCGAACAAGUGGGAGAUGUAUGUUGAUGGAGCACCAAACAAUAACCGGAAUAUUGCUGUCAUCUGGAAGGCCAAAAAUUUCACCAUCCACAGUGUCGUCAAAUGGUUGGACGCUCAGCUCCCUCACCACCCCCAGCUGAAGGUGUUCUACAGGUCAAUAUCACCUCGGCACUUCUUUAAUGGGGAUUGGGACACUGGGGGGCGAUGUGAUAACACGAAUCCUCUGGCCAAAGGAAGCGGCAUUCGCUUGAACCAUUCCGAAGACACAGAAGCUGAGGGUGCGGUGAGGGGAACCAGGAUCAGGCUGCUGGAUUUCACUGCCCUGUCACGUCUAAGGGACGAGGGGCAUAUAUCACGGUACAGUAUCAAGGCAACCCGGGGCGUUCAAGAUUGCUUGCACUGGUGCCUUCCUGGUGUACCAGAUACGUGGAAUGAGAUCCUUGCAGCGCAGCUAUAGCUAGUAGCUGAUCGAACGAUUAAAGUCAAUAUAUACUGUAAUUGUUAGUGCUUUGUUAGGCUUUACUGAAGAGUUCUUAUGCUGCUGAUAGGAAACACCAAGCGGCAGUAGAUCGGCUUUUAUGGAAAGCUUGAUUUGUUGUAACUAUAUAGAGGCUUCUUUUCUGGUGUAACUGUGUAAGUAACUGUUGUAUUCGCGUCAGUGUAUGGCUAUUGUUGUUCGGAAAUUGGACUGACAGUCGUUAGUUAUUGGUUUGUACAACUAUUUAAGGUGGACGACGCUGGUGGUGUCAUUCAGUCCUAGGAACUCUGAUACCAAUUAGAGAUAAUCAUGCAUUGCUGAUC